UGUCCCAGUGGUUGGACUCCGAACAAUGGCCGCUGUUUUCGCUACAUUCAAGACCAUAAGAGUUGGGCUGAUGCUGAGAAAUACUGCAUACUUCUGGGUGGAAAUCUUGCAUCAAUACAUCACUAUAAGGAGUACCAUGCAAUUCAGGAGUUGCUCAAGAGCGCCACCAACUGCAGGCAUACACAUGCAUGGAUUGGAGGCCAUGAUGCAGUGCAGGAGGGAACUUGGCUGUGGAGUGAUGGUACCAAAUUCAUUUAUCGCUUCUGGUGUCGUGGAGAGCCCAAUAACUGCAAGGGCCAUGGUCAGCACUGCAUACAAAUGAAUUAUUCAGAUAAGAAGUGCUGGGAUGACGACUUCUGCAAGAAAAAGAAGUCAUUCGUCUGUGUCAAGAGACACCACGGAGUAUGCGCGGGAACCAGCAGUCCCUCUUCAUCUGACGUCUUCCUCAAAGCUAACAGGAGAAUAUCAGAUAAAGCAACUAGCUCCCACAGGCUAACUGCCACAGACCACCUGCUACAACCAUCUGAUGUUACUGUGCUCGAAGUUAUCAUCAUCUUCAACAUCAUCGUCACCAUGAAGAUGCUAGUUGUGUGUGCACUUAUUUGUGCCAUGAUGGCUCUGGCUACAGCUCGAUCACCUCCAACCCUCCCAAGUGACCAAUCACAAAAGGCAGACCUGGACAAGAGGGCUUGUUGUCCCUGUGGUUGGACUCGGAUCCAUGGCCGCUGUUUCCGCUACAUUUCAAGACCAUUGCGUUGGGCUCAAGCUGAGAAAUACUGUCAGCGUCUGGGUGGAAACCUCGCGUCCAUACACAGCUAUUGGCAGUACCGUAGGAUUCAGUGGAUGAUCAGGCGAGCCUGUCACCAGUUAAGAGAGACAUGGAUCGGAGGCACUGAUGCACAAGAGGAGAGAACUUGGCUGUGGAGUGAUGGUACCCCAUUCAGGUAUCAGAGAUGGUGUCGUGGAGAGCCCAACAACCACAAGGGCUCACAACACUGCUUAACCAUGAAUCAUUCAGCUUGCAAGUGCUGGGAUGACAUGCACUGCUGGAGACGAAAACCAUUCGUCUGUGUCAGGAGACGCUGAUGAACGCGUGGAGCAGCACAAGGACUAGUGGAGUGUGUGUGCAUAUUUCCAAAAGCAUUUGUCUUUGUGCUGAUUAAUCUUAUAUGAGCUAGAGGCUCUAUAUCGCAUAUCAUUUCAUAUAAUUAUAAUUUCAUUUCUAUCGCUGUAACGCUACUGAAGGAACGAAGCGACAAGUGACACGAACAGCAGCUGGAUUGUCUCUCAGGCCUUGUGCCUUUGAUGAGAGCAGAUUGAAUGUGUUUUGAAAAGAAUGCUUCUAGCACCUUAUUCUUAUUCUUCCACUGAUCAUUUUGAUUAUCGAUUAAUCUAUUGUUUUUUCAAUUAAUCAGUCAUUUGGUUGAUUAAAUGCCAGAAAAUGGUGAAAAGUGUUUCCAGCUGCCAAAGAUACAUCUCAAAUGUCUUGUUUAGUCCUGACCAACAAUAAACAACCCAAAGAUGUUUCACUAUGUUUAUUACUAUCAAAGAAGACCUACAGAAUAAACAAAACAGAAAAUAUUUACAGAUAAGAAGCUAGAAAAAAGAUUCAAAAUGAUUAAUCGAUCAUCAUCAUGAAAAUAGUUAAUUUUCCUAAUUGACUAAUUCAACUCAUAAAAUUGACUUGCAGCUCUAGAGUGAACUGUUUUUUCUUGUCUCGUGCAAAAAUAAAAGGUUCAAGCAUUGAAACAA